AUGGAAGGGACCCAGUACAUGAAAGGAACACAAGAGUUGACACCCACUGUGUUGUUGGGGGUGGCCCUGAAGUUGAACUCGGUUGUUGUUCCCAAUCGCAAAUCCGAAUCGUGGAUCAAAGCUGAAACAUUGGCGUCCUCUGGAAAUGCUCGUGAUCUCGGUUUUGCAGUCCCUCGUAUCGCUCUGCUUAUUAUAGAUCCGUGA